ACCACGCUGGCUGGGUUGUUGAAUCAAUCCUGACAUGAGGACAGGAGCCGCGCCUUGCCCAGCUGACCUUACAGCCUUCCAUCAACGCAACUGAGUCACAGGCCCUGGAUUUCCAAGAACUGUUUCUUCAGACUCCAACACUGGAUGACCAAGGCCCAAUGGAGGUUCGGUGCGCAGAAGAGGGUCCUGGACCUGGGAUCUUCAGAACAGAGUUGGGAGACCGGCGGCAACCCAGUAGGUCACACGGGGCCAUUAGGGAGGGACAGGAUGGGGUCAGCAAAGUAUGCUCUUCCUUCAUCCCUUACACUCUUCUAGGGUCAGUGCGAGGAUGACAGACAUGUCCUUCUUUAUCCCCUACUUGCUUGACUUCCCACUUCAGGACCAAGUGGGAGCUGGGCUUCAGGGCCCAGAUCUCUUACCACUUGGAGCCCACGGGGCAGGGGCGAGCUCCUGUUAGAACUUACUAGUGCCUCACGGUGGAGGAAAGCUUGCAGGCAGAAGCAGGAGACCCAGGCAACUCUCUGCUUUCUUCAUAGUCUCCCAGUCCCAGCGCUGGUGCUGCCUGCAGCGUGGCUGUGCGGUCCUGGGAGCCCUGGGGCUGCUGGCUGGAGCAGGUGUCGGCUCAUGGCUCCUAGGUCAGUGCUGGGCCCUUUUGUCUGGAGAGGGGUGGAGGACAGGGUCUGGGGGCAGCAUGGAGACAUAAGCAGAUGCUGAACAGGCACUAUGUGAAGAUGAACGAGCUCCACUCUCAUCUGUGCUGUUUAGACAGCAAGACAGAGAAGUGGUUACCCAAUGGAACAGGAUGGAUGCAGGUGUCAAAGGGACAGUUUGGUCCUACAAUCUUGCUACUUGUGUGGAUAAUCCAUGGUUUUAGUCAGUUUUUACUAGUGAGAUAGAGACAGACAGACAAAUAGAAACAAACAUAGGAUAGUCUCACACAGUCCUGUGCCCCUUACAGAUUGAUCGGGGUCUGUCUAUAGGCAAUGUGACUGAUAGGGACUCUCUAGGAGGUAGGCCUACCUCUACUGCAGUACUGACUUGCUAGGCAACUUGAACCCCUCUAGGGGAUUUUCCUCCCCACCCCACAGCCUCUCUGUGACGCUCUUUGCAUUUCCCUGAAGUACUGUAUCUGUGGCCAGUUGCCUCUCCACCCAUCUCCGGGACUUUGCAGGAGGAAGAGAUGAAUCUGAGCUGUCCAGGAGUCAGCAAGGAGGAAGAGCUUCUCUCAUCGCUUCCCCAAACAGUAUCUUUCAGAGUCAUGGGCGAGGAUCUCCUGCUUGAAGUGCAAGUAAGGGCUCGGCCAGACUGGCUCCUGGUCUGUCAUGAGGGUUGGAACCCUGCCCUGGGGAUGCGCAUUUGCCAGAGCCUUGGGCACCUCAGGCUCGCUCAGCACAAGGCAGUGAAUCUGUCUGACAUCAAGCUCACCAGAUCCCAGGAGUUCGCUCAGCUGUCUGCUAGACCGGGAGGUCUCCUCCAGGAGGCAUGGCAGCCCAGUGCUGGCUGUCCUUUUGGCCGAAUUGUUUCUCUCAAAUGUUCUGAGUGUGGGGCAAGACCUCUGGCUUCUCGAAUAGUUGGCGGUCAAGCUGUGGCUUCUGGGCGCUGGCCAUGGCAAGCUAGUGUGAUGCUUGGCUCCCGGCACAUGUGCGGGGCCUCUGUGCUGGCACCCCACUGGGUAGUGACUGCUGCCCACUGCAUGUACAGUUUCAGGCUGUCCCGCCUGUCCAGCUGGCGGGUGCAUGCAGGCUUGGUCAGCCACAGUGCCGUCCGCCAACAGCAGGGAGCAAUGGUGGAGAAGAUCCUUCCUCACCCUCUGUACAGCGCCCAGAACCAUGACUAUGAUGUGGCUCUCCUGCAGCUCCGGACUCCGCUCAACUUCUCAGACACUGUGGGCGCCGUGUGCUUGCCGGCCAAGGAACAGCAGUUUCCAAGAGGGUCGCAGUGCUGGGUGUCUGGCUGGGGCCACACCGACCCCAGCCAUACUCAUAGCUCAGACACGCUACAGGACACGGUGGUACCUCUGCUCAGCACCCACCUCUGCAACAGCUCAUGCGUGUACAGCGGGGCACUCACACACCGCAUGCUGUGUGCUGGCUACCUGGACGGAAGGGCAGACGCAUGCCAGGGGGACAGCGGGGGACCCCUUGUGUGUCCCAGUGGUGAUGUGUGGCACCUUGUAGGGGUGGUCAGCUGGGGUCGUGGCUGUGCAGAGCCCAAUCACCCAGGUGUCUAUGCCAAGGUAGCGGAGUUCCUGGACUGGAUCCAUGACACCGUGCAGGUCCGCUAGCUACAGGAGAAGCAGCUGCCACCUCCAAUGCCGAACCGUGGCUCUCCCGUGGAUCAUCCCAGACUGCAGGCCAGCAGCUGCAGCACUGGCCUCUCUCCUAAGGCUCUGGUUUCUUCUUUCUCUUUCUCAUCUGAGUUGAGCACCUCUGCAGCAGGAAAGAGGCUGGGGCUGGAGUGAGAAUGAUGGGGAGAGGAACGGAUAAGAGGAGACACAGCAGAUGAGGUUUCUGGAAGCAUCUGGGAAACUGGUCCUCCACUCUCCCUGGACUCCACUGAAUCUAUCUAUCGGGAGGACACUGGCGGUGCCCUGCUUUCUCCCAGGGGCCUCAGGAGGGCUAAGUCCAACUCUAGAGGAUGCCCUAUCUCAAGGGCUCCUGGGCAGAUGAGGUUAAGGUUGGACCAACUCAAGUAAAGACAUGGAAGUCAGGAUCCCCACCCUACCCCACUGGUCCUGUUCUGAGGUAACUCUAGUAGCCCUGCAUGAGGCAAGAGUCUAUAAGGCAAGAAAGAUGGAGUUGGACUAGGAUGCCAUUUUCCAGAUGACAGUUCUGUGAACUGGUUGAAAGAGUUUUGUUAUUAAAUGAAAAUUAUAUAUAAUCUUGGUCAAGACCCCCCCGCCCAUAUUAACUACUUUUGUCACUGCUGUGACGAAAUACAUGACCAAAGGAAUUUAUUUACUUAUUUAUUUAUUUUGGUUUUUCAAG